GUUAUGUUCGAUGAUGCAGAAAACAUGGCUUCCUCAAUCACUCCAACUAGAUGGGAAGGUUUGCGUUUUUCUUUGUAAUUCUGGGAUGUUUUAAUCUUAAUGUAGAGCUAAUCUAUCCUUUGAAAAAGUACGACCGUAAUUUUUGCAUUCUUGUGGUGAUAUUUUAUCUUUUCUUCGCAGAAUUGAGGAAGAAAGCGCGACAGCUUGAAAACGAAAUAGAUUUGAAACUUGUCUCCUUCAGCAAAUUAGGAACAAACUACAGUCAGCGUGAUGGCUAUAAAGAGAGGUAACUGUUAUAAAAUGUAUACAAACAGACUCUAGAGUCUCACAAAAUGUCUUAUUCACUGUUUUUUCCUUUGUAGUUCGGAUACAUCGCCGCUUUUAAACAGUUCAUCGAGUGAACGACUUUUUGAAACUAUGGGACUGGAAAUUGAACAACUUUUAUCCAAGGUAAGUUUUUCAUUUGAUUUUGAAAUGAGUCAGAUGUUUUUAUAAAUAUCAGCUAUUGGAGGGUAUCCAUAUGGUCAUGAAUAAUUAUAACUUAAUGUAAGCAAUUACUGAAUUUCUAGUUGCUGUGGUGACGUUGCAAGAAUUGUCUUCGUUGCAAGGAUUGUCUUCGUUAGCGAUAUCGCAGACAAUUCAAUAUUGUAUUUUAUAGCUUUGAUUUUUUUUUCUAGGUUAUGUAAUAUUAGUUCUCAAUAUUCCUAUUCCAUUGGCCAACAUCAUCCUUUAUCCCACAAUCGAAACACUCAGAAGUCUAAGAAAUUUCCAUUUAUGUACGAAUAAUUUUUUUUUAUUUGAAAGAAAUACAAAUUAUUAUAAAAUGUUUACUCUUUUUUUUGAAUGGAAAUCAACACAAUAAUUGUAAACUACUUACUUUUAUUGUUUAACGUUAUCUCGGCCUCUGGCCCUUUGACUCAAAGUAAAAGUGAGAAAAUACUGUUUGCUAAAUGGAAGUGUAGACAAACUCUGCAAGCAUGAGAAGUAAAGACAGAUUUAAUGGAUUGUGUGUAGCUCCUAGAAAUCUUGAUUUGUUUAAUUGCAGUUGACAGAAGUCAAUGACUCAAUGGCUGAAUAUACUGCUGGCUUCAACUUGGGCCAACCUAAUGCCACACAGCUCCACACAUUACAGAGACAUAGGGAUAUUCUACAGGGUUACUCACAUGAAUUUUCAAAAACAAAGGUACUGUACAUUAUUUGCUUUGAAUUGGAUUUGACCCUAGACCUUUCUGGAUGAAGUCUAUAAAUCAUUCCUGAACUUAUUAAAAUCCCUCAUUUAAGGCAAGUUUCAUUUUAGUGUUGGAAGUGAUCCAAUACUACUUUGGCUUUUGUGAAUUCACACGGUGAUAGCUUUAGAAAACUAGUGCUACUUUCUCAAUCAAUUAAGUGCAAAACUGAAACCAUCUACAACUUGUUUGCCAGCAUCUUUUUGCACUUUGGGAAGUUUGCCUAUGUUAACUUAGAAUUGUUAUUGGUUUUUUGUUAUAUUUGCUUUGUCACUUUUUCUGAUUGGCUCAAUUGGCUUAAUCACUUCAAGACAUUCAAGCAUUUUAAUUUGUUUUUCAUGUUGCAGCUGAGAAGAUAAAUACUUCAUGUUAUUUAGACUCUAAGAAAAAUGUAAUCUUUCUGAAAAUUUCCCUACUAAUAUUGUUAUCCUAGGCUAAUAUCCAGGCUUUCAGAGACAGAGAAGAUUUAUUGGGAUCUGUCCACAGAGAUAUCAAGUAAGAGCUCAUGUACUUAUGUAUCAGGCCUGUGUUACAUUAUCCUUCCCUGUAUGUUAAAGUCCACUUUCAUUUCUAAAAUGCCAGAAUUUGAAGAAUAAGUGAUCAAACAUGAUCAUUUGGGUGAUGGUAGUUCUUAACCCUUUACCUAACAUCAGAAUGGAUGUUCUCUAUACUAACCUGUAAACAUUUUGUAUGGCACUGACACUGAGGAUUUUUUUAACAAUGAAGAUCUUCUAUAUUUUACUAUCAUAUCUUUUAUUCUCAUGACUGUAAUGUUUGAGUUAUAUGUACAAGUGAUAUUGCAGGGAAAUAGUAGAUGCUGGUCACCCUUUUACCUUUAGACCCCUUAGGGUAACUAGCAUCUAAUUUCUCCUUACAAUAUAACCCCUGAAUCACACAUAGGGUAAAGAGAAUAAAGGAAAUGAUCUUCAACUAAAGAAGCUCUUGAUUGUUAUAUAUAUUCUCCUUGUGAGCACCUUGAGAAAUGUGUGUAAAACAGUAUGGAGAAUAAGCAUACUGAUGUCAGUGUGUAAAGGGUUAAUGGUUCAAAAAUGAUUCCUGGAUGACUUGGGUCUGAAGUCAUCUUUAACAUCCUGUGUUUUAACUCUUGUUUGUGGAAACACAUGUCAGUUUGGUAGUGAUGUGGCCUCAAAGAUGCAAUCAGUGUGGUCCAAUGGCUUUGUAUGUCUUUGGUAAAGCAAGGCUUUUUUUGUUUGUUUACUUGGAAAUGUUAAUGUUCUAAACUUGUCAAUCAUCAUCUGUUGGUUGUAAUUGACUUCUGUCAAGGAGAGUCUGAUGUUAAAUAGAAAACCAGCUUUCCAGAGUCAGCUGUUCAUAAAAAUACUUAUUCAUGAGCAGGAAACAAGCCUACCAGCCAUACUAACCUUUGGGGUGUAACAACUCUCCUACUGUUUGUUAAAUUGGCUUUAAAUGGAUUUUCCUUAACAUGUUUGAGAGUCACUUCAAAUAGUGGUAAUGCAAAUGUUUUAUCUAUGUUUUUUUGCAUGUUGUGAUAGUGCAUACAAGACUGGCAUGAACAGAAGAACAGACCUCUACCUAAAAGAAAAUGAACAUAUUAGAAAGUAUGUAUACUGUUUUUGUGCUGAAGGUUGUUUAUGUUUUGGGUGUUAACAGCAUGUUUGCUCCAAGUUUAGGCAGUUAAACUUGCUUCAUUAUUACAAGUUAGGUUCCACACUUUUUUAAGGAAAAGUUGAGUUGGGUUACAUGUUAAGGAACCUGGAGAUUUCCUGUUCUCAACUUUUACCUUCAAAGAGAAAAAACUAACUCUUUCUUUGAUUUAUAUUGUAGUUCAGAUCGAUUGGCAGAUGACGUGAUAGGGUAAGUUUUGUUUUGACUUCUGUUUGCAAUUCUUCUUACAGUUCCAGUAUACCCCUUAUAUCACCUCAAGGCAGUGAAUAUCAAGAAUUUUUUUAUUUUUAUUUUUGAACUAUUAAAACUUAACUGCUUUAACCUUUUAACUCCUUAGAGCAACUAGUAUCAAAUUUGUCCUUACAAUAUCACCCCAAAUCAAACAUGAAGGUCGCAAUAAUAAGGAAAUGAUCACCUAGUAAAGCAGCUCUUGAUUGUCUAACAAAUUCUCCAUAUCAGCACUUUAGGAAAUGAAGGAGAACUGUAUGGAGAAUAUGCAUAGCAAUGGUUAGGAUGUAAAGGAUCAAUAAUUAUCUACUAUCAAGCAAUUUCCAAAUGACUUUUCUGCUUUCUUUUGUUUGCUUACGUUUUGUGAUACCCCACAAGGAUUACAGGGUAGUGAUUCGGUUUCUCCUGUGUUGCUAAUGAAUUAAUUUUUCAAUCUUACCAUUUUUUUUUUCUGUGAACUGUAGUGUUGCAUUGGCCACCAAAGAAAAUCUUCAGAGUCAAAGAGGUGUUCUUCAUGGUGUCACCAGCCGAUUAAGUGCUGUCACUAGUAUCCUUUUUAUAAUUUAGUUUACAUUGGUAUUUCUGAUAUUUUUAUCAAUGAAUGUGAUCCUAAGUUGCCUUCCUUUGAAAGAUAGGCUGGCUUUUGUUUAUUGUCAUGGACAUUAUUAUGAAAUGUCUUGGUUUUUGUAUCCUAUUUUUUGGUUCAAACAAGUUGAGACCCCUAGACACAUUUGUGAAAAAUCUUAUAAUUAUUAUCAAUAUUAUUAUGAGUAUUAUCACCAAAAUUAUUUAUUACUAUUAUCACUAUUGUUAUUAGAGGUGCUAAUAAGGGAUUUCUCUGGAGUGAUGAUUGUACUUUGCUAUCCUUAACGUCUUUUUUAGCUCGUUUUCCUGCUCUUAAUAGUUUAAUUCAACGUAUAAAUGUCAGGAAAAGACGAGAUUCUAUUAUACUGGCUAGUGUUAUCUCCAUAUGCAUCAUUCUAAUGCUCAUUUAUGCCCUUGGAUGAAUACUUAUCAGUGCUAUGGAUUUGAUUUGCAAUGAUCUGAAGCUAUGUCCGAGACGAACAACAAUCCUUAAAUCCUAGCUGAUUUUGAUUAAUUUAUGACAACACGAAUGAUGAAACUUGGAUUAGUGGGGUCUGUGAUCAUCCCAACAUAUUAUCAUCAUUGUAUGCCUGCGUUCCAACAAGAAUUGAAAGAAAGAAAGAAAUUUAAGUGGCAAGAACCAACAAAGAUGAACUUCACAAAAAGGGAAAUGCAAUCAGGGUAUUUUCAACUGAAUGUCAAAAGUAAUCAGGGAUUGCACUGGUUUUGCUUUACUUUGCUCUGUUAUUGGUCUAGAAAACUUGAGCCAUUCUCUCAACCACCAGAUGCACAACAAAUUCCUGCUCUUAAUUCAGUUUGGUUUUACUUUGAGUUCUCAUUGGCUCUUAAAGGUGUUUACCUUUCCUCUGAUUGGUGGUUGUGAUUACUAUGGUUUUGGUUUUUUAACACUAAAUUUUAAAGGGCUCAAUAGCGUACCACUUGAAUGAUUGAUAAAGGACUCGCAUAUACUGUUUGUGACUCAUUUGGUGCAUAUGUGAAGAAAAGGUGAUAACAAACAUCAUUUUCUGGUUCAUCAUGCUGUGUGUAAGAGGGUAUUUGAGUUGGGAGAUAAGAAAAACUUAACAAUUACUUGUAACACAGGGUUAAGGUGUGGAGGCUGUUUUAACUGACAGUA